AUGGCGACACCAAUCGAGACGGUUCCGGCCGAAAAAUCAGAUCCGCUGCCCAUCACACAGGCGUCGACGGAUCGAGCAGUCGACCGGCCCUUGUCCGAGACGUCGUCGGGAUGUCUUGCGUUUGUCAAACAAACCGGUGGCGACGGUCGUUAUCGCCCGGAGCGGCCGACCAAGCUCCGAAACAGCCUGCUGGCCGGCGUGGGGUUUCUGGAGCUGGCCAACGCGGGCGACUUCGCCGCCAACGUCUGGAACGAAAUACCCGUGCCCGUGCACGCCAUUGUGCUGAUGGCGCUGGGCGCGUCGGUGGCGCUCGGCAUUCUCUAUUUUGCCGCCAAAGACGCCCGCCUGAGCUGGGCGAACGUCUGCGGUCUGCGGGCCGAGCGGCGCCACCUGCGCCAGGCGAUGGGGGACGCGCGGCGCCGGCACGGCGACGACAAGGCCGUGGUUCGCACUCUGGCCUGUUUGCUGGACGUCAACUUCCGGGAGACGGGCACGGAGCUCGUCGACCGCCUCGGCAUGGACGUGUGUAUGGGCUUUGGCGCCCUGACCGUCGGCGUCGGCACCUUUAUGGCCAUUGACGGCGCCAACAGGGACGUCUUCCUCGCCAGCAACCUCCUGUCCGGCUACGUGGGCAACGCGCCGUGCGCGCUCUACGGCCUGGCCAACCUGUUCUGGUCCCUCUUUGUAUGGCGGCGGGCGCACCGGCACCGCCGGGCCGGGGCGACGACGACGACGACGGUGACCGGCCUGGCCGGCGGCCGGAUCGAGCAGAUGCUCCAGGCCCGCAUCGCCCGCGUCCAGCUCCACAGCGCACUCAAUGGCGUCACGGGCGUCGUGGCCGGCGCCGCAUCCCUGGUCACCGCCACCAUGUGGUGGGGGUACGUCGUCCUGAUCCCGUGCAUCGCGUCGUCCGUCUUGGCCAACUACUUCUGGCGGCACCGAAUCGGCUACCAGCGCCCGCUUGUCGCGCAGCAGCACGCCGUCGUUCCCUUUGACGAGGCGAGCAUCGUGGCGGAGCUGGCGUUUGUCGAUGCGUCCCGCCAGCGGUGGCGCCAGCCCCGGUCGUCCGAUCCCUUCGCCGGGCUGGUCGCCAAGCCCGACUCGGUGUCCUGCGUCGUGGAGUUCAUCGUCCGAAACCGCCUCUUUGAGGCACUCUGCAUGCGUGUGCUCGCAGACGCGCAGGUGUGUGCGCACACAGCGGCGCUCGUCGACACCGCCAGCGACACGGUGACGGUCCGUGCGGAGAGCCUGGCGGCGGUCACCGACGACGCCGCGCGUGGUCGGCUGAUUGACCUUGCGUGGGCAGUGAUGAUCGAUGCGGCCCCGAAAUGCUUUCGCGACCAAGAGAAUGCUCUCCUCGAAGUGCUUGGAUGCCUCUUGUGCCGUCCCGUCGACGCCAACGAAAAACACGAGGCCCCGGAAGCUGCGGAAGACCCGGCCACAGCGACCCCGCCCGCGUCAGAGCCCGCGCUGGAACACGUUAUCGAGAUGGACGCCCUGCAGCAAGAACAUGAGCGAGAGGUGUGA